AGAUCAUCAUCAUCGUCAGAGCCUUCCUACCCGCAACCAACUCCAACGAAAGCCACCUCACCAACUCCCAGCUGCUGCGACGUACACGUACUGUCUGUCACAUACACUGUGCAUGCCAUGGAUAUAAAGGGAAGCAUUGGCUUGGGAUCACCUCUGCAUCUCACUUGGGAUCUGCCUUGAUCAAUCUUCUAGUCCUAGCUACCUUGUUCGUUCCUCAUUGAUUGAUCCAUCGAUCCCUGGUCGUAGCUGCUGCAAUGGCUUCCGGUGGCGCGUCACUGGCCUUGGCCGCGCUCCUCCUCGUGAGCUGCACCUCGGCAGCGGCGGCGACCAAGUACACCGUCGGGGACGCGUCCGGCUGGACGACCACCGGCGAUUACGCCACCUGGGCCAGCGGCAAGAAGUUCAAAGUCGGCGACACUCUCGAGUUCAAAUACGCCGGCGGGGCGCACACGGUGGACGAGGUGAGCGCGGCGGACUACGCCGCCUGCUCCUCCAGCAAGGCGCUCAGCAGCGACAGCGCCGGCAGCACGACCGUGACGCUCAAGACCGCCGGCAAGCACUACUUCAUCUGCGGCGUCGCGGGCCACUGCAGCAGCGGCAUGAAGCUCGUCGUGGACGUGGCCAAGGCGGUGUCCGCCGCCCCGGCGCCGGCGCCGGCCGAGGCCCCGGCGCCGGCCGCGUCCGCGGACACCACCCCAGACGCCCCCGACGCCACGCCGUCGACCCCCUCGAGCUCCGGCGUCACGCCCAAGACCAAGAGCCCAGUCACGGACCUCUCGCCGCCGGGCAAGAAGUCCACCUCCACCUCCGGCGCCACCGGGCUCAGCGCCGCGGCGUGGGCCGGAUUGGGCCUUGCUGGGCUCGUGGCCCUGCAUCUCGGCGCGUUCUAGGGCCCGCUGGGCUGACCAGGGUGGAGGCAGUGCUGUUUGUUCUUAGGCACGUCAUGGAUUCGUGUAUUGGUUGAGGGACUUGGCUAGUUAUUACUUACCAGAGAUUUCUUUUGAUUCAGGGAACUUUUAUUGGUGCUUUUGCUGUGCUGGUGGCUGUAUGUAGUUGGAUACUUGGAUGUAAUAUGCUGUCAGUUUUGCAUUUGCUAUUGUUAUCGCAUUCCUUUUAUGAUUUUCGCCCUA